AUGUUAUUUGUGUUAGCUUUAGAACCUUUAUUGCUAGCAAUAAAAAAAAGCCAUGAUAUAUCCGGAAUUAAAAUACGGGAAACCGAAAUUAGAGCUGCAGCAUUUGCUGAUGAUAUGACGUGUUUUGUAUCAAAUGUGGAAUCCGCUGGCGCACUGUUUGCCUUGCUUAAUAUAUUUAGAUCUUGUUCAGGGCUGAAAAUAAAUAAAGAAAAAUCAGAGGGAGCUUGGUUAGGAAAAUGGAGAAAUAAAAAGGAAAGCAUGUUCGGGGUGAAGUGGCCCACGUCUCCCAUCAAAAUAGUGGGAAUUCAUUUUUCGUAUGAUAAAAGGGAUAAUUAUGCAAGAGAUGUCAAUAAGGCAGUGAGUAACAUGAAAAUGAUCUUCAAUUCUUGGAAACGAAGAAAACUGUCCUUAUUUGGAAAAGUUCUGAUUAUAAAAACAUUUGGAAUAUCACAAUUCUCGUAUAUUCUAAAUUCAAUUACCCUGAAAAAACAGACUAUUCAGGAAGUGCAUAAAAUUAUGUAUGAAUUCCUGUGGGAAGGCAAAGACAAAAUAGCUAGAAGUACAAUGAUGGGAGGCGUGGGCCAGGGAGGUCUGGCUAUGCCGAACCUGUAUAUCAUGAAAAAACAACAAAGGAUCCUUUGGAUCAAACAUUACUUAGAUCCGGACUUUAACCAUCCCUGGAAACUCUUUCUAGACAAGCAGCUUGAACCAGUGGGAGGGGAAAUGAUCUUCAGGUGCAAUUAUAAUACUAAGGUUUUGCCGGUGAAACUGAGUGAAUUUGUCACAGAGACCUUAGAUAUAUGGGCACAAGAAAUUAAAGUUUAUAAACAGGGUAAAGAUCAAAUCAUAUGGAAUAAUGAAAAAAUACUGAUUGGGGGAAAAUCGGUAUAUAUGGAGGACUUCGUCCGAAAUGGAAUAAUGAAAGUAUCUGAUCUUUUUGACGCAAAUGGUUUGAUACCGUGGCAGUCAAUAGCACAGGAGGAAUUUACCCUAAUACAUAAAUUAAGAUGGCUAGGUUUAGCAUCAGCUAUUCCUGGGGAUCUAAAGUAUGGAGAAGCAGAUCUGGAAUCUACUUAUUUCAAAAUUACAGGAAUUCCUAUGGAUCUGGAAACCUUAACUAAGAAAGCUAUCAAAAAUGAGUUAUGUGAAAG